AUGAUAAACCCCACGGACUGGCAGAAACCCCUCACUAUUUUCCUUUACUUUGUUCUUUCUCUUUCCUCUUUUGUCAAUGGACAAUCCGACUCAAAGAUCAAGGAUGUUGGAGCCCAGGCCUUUGCAUUCGAUCUCGGCGGUGUCGAAUUGACCCAAGACCGCUUCCUGGACAACCAAGGCCGUACCCUGAAAUAUUUGAAAGAAAUAGACGUUGACAGAUUACUUUAUGUCUUCCGGGAAACCCACGGACUAUCUACACAACAGGCAACGCCUAAUGGUGGCUGGGAUGCUCCGGAUUUCCCAUUCCGUUCGCAUGUCCAGGGACAUUUCCUCACUGCCUGGGCUCAAUGCUAUGCUGUACUCCGCGACCAAACAUGUUAUGACCGAGCGAUCUACUUUGCUGCUGAGCUUGCAAAAUGCCAGGCCAACAACAAGGCUGUUGGUUUCACGGACGGAUAUGUAUCUGGAUUUCCAGAAUCCGACUUCGCAAAACUCGAGAAUGGCACUCUGACAAACGCGAAUGUCCCGUAUUACGCGGUACACAAGACUCUUGCAGGCCUUCUCGAUAUCUGGCGCUUGACAAAUGACACUACCUCUCGAGAUGUCUUACUGUCCUUGGCCAGCUGGGUCGACAAACGCACUGAAUCGUUCAGUUACGAGGCAAUGCAAAAAUUAUUACAAACCGAAUUCGGCGGUAUGAAUGAGGUGUUGGCCGACCUCUACCACCAAACAGGUAACGAGAGAUGGCUUACUGUUGCCCAACGCUUUGAUCAUGCCAUUAUAUUCGACCCCCUCGCAGCCAACAAAGAUGAGUUCGACGGUCUACACGCAAACACUCAAGUACCAAAGUGGAUUGGGGCCGCUCGCCAAUACAAAGCCACCGGAAAAUCCCGCUACCUUGAUAUUGCCCGCAACGCCUGGGAAAUCAAUGUCAAAUCACACACGUACGCGAUUGGCGGUAACAGCCAAGCCGAACAUUUCCAUUCUCCAAAUGCUAUCGCCGCCUAUCUUCGAAAUGACACAUGUGAAGCAUGCAAUUCCUAUAACAUGCUCAAGCUGACUCGCGAGCUGUGGCUUCUCGAUUCUGAUAAUUCGGCGACCCCCCAUGACCACCACGGCCACAUCACUUACUUCACCCCUCUCAACGCUGGAGGUCGCCGCGGUGUUGGUCCCGCCUGGGGUGGUGGUACUUGGAGUACGGACUACGACUCAUUCUGGUGCUGUCAAGGAACGGCACUCGAGACAAAUACCAAGUUGAUGGACUCGAUCUACUUUUACAAUGACUCGACAUUGUUUGUCAAUUUGUUCAUGUCUUCUGUCCUGAAAUGGCCCGAGAUGGGUAUUACCCUGAAACAAUCUACGACUUAUCCCGUCGGCGAUAAAUCAAAACUGGAAGUUUCCGGAAGUGGUCGUUGGACAAUGAAUAUCCGCAUCCCUGCGUGGGCAUCAAGCGCGGAGCUGACACUAAACGGAAAGGCUUUAUCAAACGUUAAGGUUAAUCCUGGGACAUACGCUCAAAUCUCGCGCACAUGGGCCGAUGGAGAUAUUGUUGAAAUCCGCUUCCCCAUGAGUCUUCGUACGGUGGCUGCAAAUGACAAUUUAAGUAUGGUUGCAAUUGCGUAUGGGCCAACUAUUUUGUGUGGUAAUUACGGCGACCAGACACUGAGUGGUACGCCUACUCUCGCCCUUGACUCUAUCAAGCGCUCCGGGGCUUCCAGUCUUGACUUUACUUCCACUGCCGACGACAAGGAUGUUUCACUGAGUGCUUUCUAUGAUGCCCAGGGAUACAAUUAUAACGUAUACUGGACUACCACGGGAAGUCUGCAGGCUGCAUAA